GGUGAGACAUGCCGCAGCUUCAUUGACCUGGCCCCAGCGUCGGAGAAAGGGGUCCUGUGGCUGUCGGUGGUCUCCGAGGUGCUCUACAUCCUCCUGCUGCUGGUCGGCUUCAGCCUCAUGUGUCUCGAGCUCUUCCACUCCAGCAGCGUCAUCGACGGGCUCAAGCUCAAUGCCUUCGCGGCCGUGUUCACGGUGCUCUCAGGCCUCCUGGGAAUGGUCGCCCACAUGAUGUACACGCAGGUGUUCCAGGUCACCGUGAGCCUUGGCCCUGAGGACUGGAGGCCCCAUUCCUGGGACUACGGGUGGUCCUUCUGCCUGGCGUGGGGCUCCUUCACCUGCUGCAUGGCCGCCUCCGUGACCACGCUCAACUCCUACACCAAGACGGUCAUCGAGUUCCGCCACAAGCGCAAGGUGUUUGAGCAGGGCUACCGGGAGGAGCCGACCUUCAUAGAGCCCGAGGCCAUCAAGUACUUCCGAGAGAGGUUCGAGAAGGGGGACCGGCACGACGAGGAGGACGACCUUCGCUUAGACUGCCGCCACGAGAGAUACCCCGCCCGACACCAGCCACACCUGGGCGAUUCCUGGCCGCGGAGCUCUGCACACGAGGCUGCGGAGCUGAGCCGCCAGUGCUGGGUCCUGGGGCACUGGGUGUGACCAAGACCAGCUGGCCCCAGACCCAGCCUCCGUCAGCACCAGCCCCGCCACCAGGCCGCGCGUCUGGCGCCACCGAAACCUGGCCUGUGCGCUCUGAACCCAGCAGCCUGCACGGGAGACACCAGCCGGCCCUGCCCGUCGCUGCCCGGGUCUCAGGCCAGAGCAGAGGGGCCUGCGGGCCUGUGGAGUACACAGGGCUGCACAGAGCCACUUCGGGACAGCAGCUUCACACUCUUGCCACAUGCACAGCCCUGCUGGGUACAGCUGGGAGGCCAGGGAAAACCGGACUUCGGCCAUCGGAAGCCAGCUAGGAAGUUCAGGAGGUGCCCAGUGGCACAUAACCUUUCGGGGGGCAGGGCCUGGCACUGCAGGGGGCACGCAGCAGGCACACAGCAGGGGCUGAAUAAAUGCUUGUUGAACCUGUUUUCUUGCUGUGUGUGGAGGCCAGUUGCUCUCCGGGCUGCCCCUUCACGGCUCCAUCCUCUCAGCUCCCCGAGGAGCCUGAGGCGGGCAGCCUGAGUGUGCUGCGGCCAGGGUCCGACACGGGGUGGGAGGGAGGGAGCCUAGAGCCUCGCUGGGUCUGGGGGUCGGGUCAGGCUGCAGGCGGCCUUGGAUUCCAGAGGGUGGGUAGGUGGGGGCGUCAGGCAGAUGGGAAAUGUGGGACGGGCCAGGGAAAGGGCCUCACACCCAGAUCCUCAGCAUCUCUGACCCCCAUGGGGACUCUACCUUGUGUUUAGAGCCACCUUUACAUCAAUCCCAGGGCUUAGAUGCCUGGGGAGACAUGUUUACCAUAAAGACGGGAGACCGUAGGGUCACGGAGAUGAAGACACUAGGCCCAGGAUCACAGAGCUAGCAAAUGUCAGAGUUGGGGCUUGAACCAGGACUCCUGACUCCAAGAGACCUCGUCCCUUCCCUGAGGAUUUCUAGAACUUUCUACCAAGCAGACAAUGCUCUUCUUCACUUGUCCAUAAACUCAUCACCCAUUUAAUCAUUCAUCCAUCCAUUUACCCAUCAUCCAUCCAUCACCCAUCCA